CCCUGAAGUGUCCUUCCAACAGCUACUAUGACCCUUGCAUGACCGGCUGUCCUGCCACCUGUGUUGACCGACAAGCCCCACUGAACUGCUCCAAGCCCUGCGUGGAGGGCUGUGCGUGUACCUCUGGCUUCCUCCUCAGCGGAGACACCUGUGUGCCCGAGGCCCAGUGUGGCUGCCUCUUUGAGGACAACUACUACAGCGAAGGCGAGUACUCCGUGAACGAGAAUUGCACUCGCCGGUGCCGGUGUGAACACAACGGCCAGAUGGUUUGCUCUGCCUUGUCCUGUGGCGAGGACGAGGUCUGCAAGAUCCAGAACGGCCAGAGGGGCUGUUACCCAGCCAGCACUGCGCUCUGCCACAUCUAUGGCGACCCGCAUUACAGCACCUUUGAUGGGAAGCUUCACCACUUCCAGGGCUCCUGCAACUACACCGUUGUAACAGGCUGUGACAACUCCUCCAUCGGGUUCAGUGUCACCACCCGCAACGAACAUCGCGGCAGCCAGAGCUGGACAGCUCUGAACUCUGUGGCACUGUCCCUGGAAGGCCUCCACAUUGCACUGCGCAAGCGCAAGUCCGUCUACGUCAACGGUGCUCUGGUCUCCCUGCCUGCUUCUCCUGCCCCCGGUGUGACCAUUUCCCUGAGCGGCUCCUACGUGCACGUUUCCACCAAGCUGGGCCUGCAACUGCAGUUCAACGGGGACCACGAGCUCCUCGUGAAGGUGUCUGAGAAGCACAAGGGCAAGCUCUGUGGGCUGUGUGGGACGUACACUGGGAGCCAGCAGGACGACUUCAUGCGCCCUGAUGGAGUUGUCGUGCCCGACUUCAAUGACUUUGGAGCCAGCUGGAUGGUGCCGGAUGAUGAGUGGCCGUGUGACCCAGCCAUCAGCCCACCUGUGUCCUGCUCCCCUGCCGAGGAAGAGGCAGCUAACAAGCAGUGUUCAAUCCUCACGCAUCUGGGUGGACCAUUCCAGCCAUGCCACGCAGUUCUGCCGCCCCAGACGUACUUUGAGAGCUGUGUCUAUGACCAGUGUGCCACGGGCGGCAGCACGGAGCAGCUCUGCAAUGACCUGGGGGCCUAUGCCACAGCCUGUGCGGAGGCAGGCGUUGCCCUGGGAGACUGGAGUGCUGGCACUGUCUGUGCUCCUACACCCUCGCCCCCCUUGCCAGACACUACAACACGGCCUCCACCUACAACAACCUCACCGGCACCUGGGACAAGCACAGCUCCCCCAACAGACUGCAAUUUCACCUGCACAUUCGACAAGGACUUCUGUGGCUGGGUCCAGGCAGACUACAGCAGCAUUGACUGGAUAAGGAACAAAGGCCCAACGCCCACACCAAAUACCGGCCCCUCCUCUGACCACACAACUGGAGACGGCUACUACAUCUACCUGCAAGGGACUGAUGAUGCUUUCUCCGGGUUUGUGGCUGUCCUGGUCAGUCCGGUGUGCAGUUGGGAAGGAACGCACUGCUUCCGCUUCUGGUACCACAUGUACGGAAACGCUGAAAUGGCCCUGAGGGUGUACGUGGCAAAGGACUCUGAGCAAGUGGAGGUGUGGAAUCAAGAAGGGAACCAUGGGGACAUGUGGCACUUGGGAGAGGUGACGGUGCACAUCACAGGAAAUACGCAGAUUUUGCUGGAGGGACAAUGGGGUGAAGACGCCCGGAGCAACGUAGCGUUGGAUGAUCUGUCCAUUGAAAAGGGAUCCUGUGCAGGUGCAUCAACACCAACACCCACGACCCCACAGCCAGGCACCACAACGCAGACAACACCAAGACCACCAACAACACCACCUGGGAUGACCUCAGCUCCUACACCCUCGCCCCCCUUGCCAGACACUACAACGCGACCUCCACCUACAACAACCUCACCGGCACCUGGGACAAGCACAGGUCCAUCAACACCAACACCCACGAUUCCUUUGCCAGGCACUACAACGCAGCCUGCCCACACAACAUCACCAACAACACCAAUACCCAGCUCAGACCGUGCUUCCUGCAGCGCCUCUGGAGAUCCACAUUAUAACACUUUUGACCAUAGAGUCCAUAAUUUCAUGGGAAAUUGCACUUACACCCUCUCCAAAGUGUGCAAUGUCUCUGAGAAGCUUCCAUACUUUGAUGUGUCCACAACAAAUGAGCACAGAGGAGCCAACACCAAAGUCUCUUAUGUGAAGUCAGUGCAAGUGGAAGUCUAUGACAACCAGAUUUCUCUACUGAAAAACAAGAAAGUGAAUGUGAAUGGUCGCAGAAUGAACCUGCCUGUAUUUAUUGAGAAGAAAAUCAGUAUUCAAAGCAGUGGUGGAUAUGUUCUCUUGGAAACUGACUUUGGACUGUGGGUGAGAUAUGAUGGAAACCACUAUGCAGAAGUCUCCGUGCCCUCUAAUUACAGUCAUCUGCUCUGUGGCCUCUGUGGUAAUUAUAAUGGUGAUCCAAAUGAUGACAUUAUAAAGCCCAAUGGUGCUAUUGCAAGUGGUUCUACGGAUCUUGGAGAAAGCUGGCUUGUGCCUGAGAAUAACACCAUAUGCUCCAGUGGUGGGACAGAAGAGCAGUGUGAUCCUGUGUUGGAGAGUGAAGCAAAGAAGAACACAGCAUGUGGCAUGAUCACAGACCCAACAGGAAUCUUCAAGGACUGUCAUACCAGAGUGCCUCCAGAGAAUUUCUUUGAAAACUGUGUUUAUGACAUGUGUUUCACUGGUGGACAGGCAAUAUCCUUAUGCUAUGGACUACAGGCCUAUGCUGAGUCAUGUAUCAAUGCUGGCAUAUGCAUAGAGUGGAGGAAUCCUACUCUUUGCCCAAUGUCCUGUCCUGGAGGCAGCAUCUACAAGAGCUGUGGUACUAGGUGUCCCUCUACCUGUUUGAACAUCUCAGCAGCUGAUUCCUGCAGUUCUUUACCAGUGGAAGGUUGCUUCUGUAAGGAAGGCUAUGUUUUGAGUGGAGACAAAUGUGUGCCGGAAAGCAGCUGUGGUUGUGUUGAUGAAAAGAACCAGUAUCACCAGCUGAAUGAAAGCUGGUUCACCCAUUAUCCCUGCACUGAACGCUGCACCUGCAAGGCUAAUAACACCAUUGAAUGCACAUCCUGGGAGUGUGGAGUCCAAGAGGAAUGCAGUAUUCAGGAUGGUGUGCUGGGCUGUCAUUCCAAUGGUCAAGCAACAUGUCAAGUGGUAGGAGAUCCCCAUUAUUUCACUUUUGAUGGAAUGAAGUACACUUUCGUGGGAACCUGCACCUACACUUUGGUUGAGGUUGUCAACACUGCCACCAAUGUCAUUCCUAUAACCAUACUGGGCAAGAAUGAAGACAGAGGACUGAGAGGGGCCACAUACCUGAAAGAAGUCUAUAUAGAUGUGCAUGGUGUACGAAUCACCCUUCAGAAAAACCAAGGAAUCCUGUUGAACAAUGAGAGAGUCUACACUCCAGUGGAGAACCGACUGCAAGGUGUGUCCAUUGGAAAUGUUGGCAGAUUUAUAGUAGUGCAAACUGACUUUGGUGUGAUAGUGAAAUAUGACGGCAAUCACCAUCUGGAAAUCACCCUCCCACAAUCUUAUUUCUCACAGGUGCAUGGCAUGUGUGGUAAUUUCAAUGAUAAUCGUGAAGAUGAUCUGUCCUUGCCCAAUGGAACAGUCGUCAGUGCCACACAGUUUGGAAAUAGCUGGAAAGUGGAGAAAGACAGUGAUAAGGGUUGCUUACCAGACUUAAGAGAAGAUGAUGAUCCCCCUUGCACUGCUGAGAAUAAACAAGUCAUUGAAAGCCAGUGUAAUGUCCUAAAAUCAGACAAAUUCAAAGUAUGCCAUAAUCUAGUCAACCCUGAAGACUUUGUAGAGAUCUGCGUCUAUGACAUGUGCCAGUAUGAUGGAAUGAAGUCUGCUCUCUGCGACAUAGUUCAAGCCUAUGUGGAGACCUGCAAGAACCAUGGAAUCACCAUUAAAUGGAGGAAUAACACAUUCUGUCCAUUGCCCUGCCCAUCCCGGAGCCAUUACAAGGACUGUGUCUCUGCCUGCCCAUCAACAUGCAAUGACAUUUUUGCCUCUUCCCUUUGUGACAAGACAGAAGAGUGUACAGAGGGCUGUGAGUGUGAUGAUAAUUAUGUGCUCAGUAAUGGCAACUGUGUACCUCUGAGCAGUUGUGGCUGCAGGGAUGAUGACAACAAUUACUACAGUGCUGGGGAGACAUGGAUAACUCCACACUGCGCUAGAAGAUGCCAGUGUCAGAAGAACGGUGUCAUCAGUUGUAAGAGCUAUAGCUGUGAUUCUAGAGAAACCUGUGUGAUCAAAAAUGGAAAACACAAGUGCCAGCCAACAGGUUUUGGAAGAUGCCAGAUCCUGGGCGACCCACACUACACCACCUUCGACGGUCUGGUGCACCACUUCCAAGGGAAAUACACGUAUAUUGUGGCUCAGACCAUCCCUGACCUACCUGAUACUCUCACACAGUUCAGCAUUGAAGGCAUGAACUCUCCUUUACGUCUAAAUCGGCACAUUACCUACCUGAAAGAGAUUCUCAUCAAUGUUUACAACCACACAGUGCGAUUCAGGCAGAACAAGCAGGUUCUGUUGGAUGGUGUCAGUGUGAGACCCCCUCUUCGACCUCAUGAAGGUAUUCAUAUAUAUCAGAGGACAACAAGAAUUUACCUAGAGACAGAUUUUGGCUUAUAUGUGAGCUUUGAUGGCAAUCAAAAUGCAGAUAUAAAGCUGGCCAACACCUACGGAGGCAGAGUGGAAGGCUUGUGUGGUGACUUUGAUGGGAGAUAUAGAAAUGACUUCACAAAUCCAAAUGGUGUUUGGGUGAAGAACGUGAAUGUAUUCGGUGAAAGUUGGAAAGUUCCUUUAAAAAGAAGCUCUCGUUUCAGACGAGAUGUCAACUCAGAAAAUGAGUCUGAGGAGGAGCCAGAUCCAGGGCUUUUCCAAGGUUGCAACGAAAAUCAGCUGGAGCAGCAAAAUACAACUUCAAGAUGCCAAAUCCUGACUGACUUGAAUGGUCCUUUUGCAAAGUGUCAUUCUACAGUCCUACCGGAUUUCUAUUUCACGAGCUGCCUGUUUGAUAUGUGUGUGGAAGGAGAUGAGGUCACUACCUUGUGUCGCAGUCUGGAGGAAUAUGUGCUGGCCUGUCAGCAGCAAGGAGUCAGUAUGGAUGGCUGGAGACAACAGACAGUUUGUGGUAUAUCAUGUCCUGCCAACAGCAACUAUAGCUCAUGCAUGUCUGCAUGCCCAGCAUCCUGCAACGACCUGACCAGCCCCUCUGAGUGUGAAUCACCUUGUGUGGAAGGCUGUGAAUGUCUCCCUGGCUAUGUUCUCAGCGGUUUUGACUGUGUGCCUUACAAAGAGUGUGGCUGCACAUACCUGAACAAAUACUAUGAGAUUGGAGAAAUAUUCACCACUGAUGACUGCUCUCAGACAUGCCAGUGCACAGAAAGCUCCACUGUUUUCUGCUCUGACAAACCAUGUGGGUCUGAUGAAAUCUGCAGCAUUUCCAACUACACUCGUGGAUGCUACAGGAGUGGACCAUGUAUGCCAAAUCCUUGUCAGAAUGAUGGUGUUUGCUCUGAAACUACCAAUGACACCUCUCUCCUCUUCUACUGUGAAUGUUCAGAGCUGUACACAGGACCAACGUGUGAGGCUGAAAAGAUAGCUGAAGACCCUGACACAGAGGAUCCCAAGGACUAUACAUUUGCCAUCGUCAUCGGAGUCGUGGCAGGUGUAGCUGUUAUUGUCAUUCUCAUCCCAUCUAUAGUGUACCUGUACAGGAGAAAGAGAAAGGUGGAUACACAUACAAUAACAAAGGAUUCUUCUUUGAAGUGGUCCAGGGAUGAACUGGAUGCCAGAGUACACGAGCAAGAUUAUGACUGCAUUGUGAACAGAGCAUUUGAUCAAAAUGAAUACCAAAAUACACACCUAUAG